AUAUUGCAAUAAUGGGCCGAACUGUAUAGUAAAUGAUUUUUAAUCAAAUAUGCGACGCAUUUUUGACGCUUAUUAGUGGGUUAUAUAUGUAGAGAUUUUGUGUGUAUCCACAAAAAGAAUCAUCGUGAAACGUUGGAAGGGUCAUCGGAGCUGAGAUCUCGUGCGGCGUUGUUUCUUGGGUUUGGGAAAAAAGCAUGGGGCUGUCAUUCGGGAAGCUGUUCAGCAAGCUGUUUGCGAAGAAAGAGAUGAGAAUUCUGAUGGUGGGACUCGAUGCAGCUGGUAAGACGACCAUCCUCUACAAGCUCAAACUUGGUGAGAUCGUCACCACUAUCCCAACCAUUGGUUUCAAUGUUGAAACUGUGGAAUACAAGAACAUUAGCUUUACCGUCUGGGAUGUCGGGGGUCAGGACAAGAUCCGCCCAUUGUGGAGACACUACUUCCAGAACACACAGGGACUUAUCUUUGUUGUGGACAGCAACGAUCGUGACCGUGUUGUUGAAGCCAGGGACGAGCUUCACAGGAUGUUGAACGAGGAUGAGUUGAGGGAUGCAGUUCUGCUUGUCUUUGCUAACAAGCAAGAUCUUCCCAACGCAAUGAACGCUGCUGAGAUUACUGACAAGCUUGGCCUUCACUCUCUCCGCCAACGACACUGGUUAGCCAAAAAAAACCCACACAACUCUAGCUCUCUCAGGCUCAGACAUAUGAUCUUAUAUAAUGAUAUCAUUGUAAUAAUGGCAGGUACAUUCAGAGCACAUGUGCCACCUCUGGAGAAGGACUCUACGAGGGACUUGACUGGCUCUCCAACAACAUCGCAAACAAGGCAUAGAAAGGAGGUACCAAGAUCCCUCUUCACUUGUUUUGUUUAUAAAUCAAGGAAAGAAGGGUUCUGUUUCGCUAGUACUAUCUUCAUACAUUCUUCUUCGACUCAGUCUCAAACUCAAAACCAUAAUCAUACUUUGUACUUUCAUUUAAUAACAAUGUUUUUUUGUUUUAAUUUUUUUCUUCCGUAAUUGAGUAAAAUCACUUUUGUUUA